AUGAAAAUACAUUUUAAAAAAUGUCAAAACACCCAAAGCAAAUGGACGUGCAAUGAAAGCAAAAUUAAAUGGAACCAAAAAUUAGAUAUCUAUGAUUCAAAUAAAGAAAAAGUUAAAUUAGAAAGUUUAGCGACAUUAGUACAGUACAUGAGUGACAAAUUCGAAUUAUUAAAUUUUACAGUAAGCAAAAUUUUGAAUAAGAUGAAACAAAUUAGGGAACAAAAUAAAAUACUGUACGUGAAAAACGAAAAACUAUCAACAGAAGCUCAAAUACUGCAUCUUAAAAUCAAUGAUUUAGAUCACACAACCCUAGACAAAGCUGUUGAAAUAAUAAGUAUACCAAUAUCUUCAAAUGAAGAUGGCAAAACUAUAGUCGAAGAAAUAUCGCAUAAACUUAAUAUAAAAUGUGACGUGAAAAAAGCAUAUCAAUUAUCAACACAUCAAAAUACAGGUAUCAAGUUGAUAGCUUGGUUAACAAUUAUGGAAACAAGCAAAGAAAGAAUUAUUAGAAAUAAGCAAGAAAAAUAA